CUAUAUUAGUCAGACCUCUGCCAUUAUUACAUCUACCUUUUUGGAUAGGUGCCGUUGUGGAAAAUGUGCUACCAUGCCCACAGAAGCUGAGAAUAUUUGCUGCUUGGAGAUACCUCAGGUUACUAGAAGACUACGGGAGGUCGAAGAACAGCUCACAUGUAUGGUUGACCAUCCUGGAUUGUAUCCUGUCUACCUCAAUGUCUACUCUCUGCAGAAUGCUGGCCAAAUAUACAGAGCUGACUAUGGUCCUCUACGUUUGAGAGGAAUACACCAUCGCUACAGGUAUCUCUCCUAUCGUUCAUUUGUGAGCUGGUGCUGGGGCCUCCUGGGAUGCAGAAUCCGGGUCAUUAUUCCAGCUUGUGUGGUCCUGCGCAUCCGCUCAGAAUUUCCUGAUGAGGAAGGCCACUACGUAGGGUUUAAACUGCCCCCCGUUUGAACCUUGACACAAAGCUGGCAAUGACCUCCUCCUUGUCCGGCUUCUCAUACUGCGCUGAUAGGUCCUCUGGGACAGGGAUGGCCAACAGCGCAUCAGUGUAUGGCGU